AUGCAGAAUUACUUCCUUGACAAUCGGAAUCCGGCCAUGUUAAAGGGAGAGCCAGAGCCGAUUUUGGAUGGGUCAGGACAGGCUCAAGUUGGAUGGCAAGGAAAAGCUGAAGGAACAUCAGGAACGUCCAAAGGAGCAACAGUUCAUGUUGAAGGAGCACCAGGAACGGCUAAGGUAUCAGAAGGGCAAGCUGAAGGAGGGCAAGGAACUAAAUCACCAGAACAAGCUGAUCAACCUUGCUUUUCAGCUCAAUGUUUUCCAUAUGAUGCGGCGGCUGAAAGUGUAGAGCUUCCAGCACUGGCUGAAAGAGCACAACCUCAAGCUCAGGCCCAAAAUGCACCACCAGACGAAGAUCAACCAGCACCGGGUUCGUCGGGAAGACCGAGGUCUCCAAGGCCAUGUACCCGUGUGACUCCAUGCACAUACGGACCAGCUUUGUACAUCAAGGAAAAGGAGACUAUGCAGCCGAUUGUUGAUCUAAUGAAGCUGGAUUGA